GACGCCUCGGAGAAUUCUCAGGAUGAGGAGCAGUCCAAAGCCAAGAGACAGUUUCUCAUGAGUGGUUUGCCGGAUUCCUUAAAGCGUCACAUCGCCAAAACCACCGCCCUGAGGGAGGCCUACGCUCUGUCCAGCCUGUCCUUCCACAGCGUGCUCCAUGUGCAGCAGAGGGAUGGGUGUGAGAAGUGGGAUCUGGCCAUGCCUCGUUGCCCUUUGUUGAAGGACCUUGUGACGGUCUCUGUGGACCUUCCAGACGUCGCCUCGUUCACCAUGUCCAUUGGGGAUUUUACCUCCUGCGCUGUACCUCUCACUCCCCAACAGUUCCCUGACCUGGUGAGCAGGAGACCGGCGUUCUCAGAAGUCAUUAGAGAAUGCCUCCUGGAGGAGAUCCGGUGCUACAACCCUCAGUUCCCAGUCAGACGCUUCUUCACCCAGUUCCUGAAGAAGCAAAAAGACUACCUGGCUCUACAGGACACUAAUAAACCUGGUGGGCAACAGCCGGACAGAAAUCCCUCAAUAGAGGAGAAUGGGGCCAAGCCGAAGGGAAAGGACUCGCUGGGCCUGAAAUCUAAGAAGAGGAAAGGGGUCCUUACUAAGGAGGAGCCUGAGGGGGAGGAGCUAGCUGGUAAAUCCAGAAAGAAGCGUCUGUCCAGGGGGUCUCUGAGGAGAAACGCUCCACCUGAGGAAGCCGAUGUCAUCAUCAUUGAGGAGGAGGAGGCGGCGGCGGCGACCGCCGCGCCAGAUACACAAGGUCCGGUGUGGGAAGACGUUCUGUGGACGGAGAAAUAUCAGCCGCAGAGCUCCACUGAGCUGAUUGGAAAUUCUGUCGCCAUCAGGAAGUUGCACAGCUGGCUUAGGGAUUGGAAAACCCGAGCUGAGAAGGAGGAGAAGAAGACUCAAAUGCAGAAGACGGAAAAAGACAAGAGUGACACUUGGGACCAGGAUGACUUCAAUGGUGAGGACAGUGAUGAAGACUCCCUGUGUAACACCAUGCUCAUCACUGGGCCGCCGGGUGUGGGGAAGACGGCCGCGGUGUACGCCUGCGCUCAGGAGCUCGGAUUUAAGGUGUUUGAGGUGAAUGCUUCCUGUCAGCGCAGCGGGCGGCAGAUCCUGGCGCAGCUUAAGGAAGCAACGCAGUCUCACCAGGUGGACCAGCAGGGCGUCAAUGCACACAAGCCGUGCUUCUUCAGCAGCUACAACUUGGGCAAAUCUCCCAGAAAGAUGCAUUCCCCGAAGGCUGUGGUGUCUUCUCCCAGGAAGCCUCCGAUGUCACCCAGAGGAGGGAAGAAAGGCCUGGCCCCCAAGUCACUGGCCAACUUCUUCAAAGCGGCACCAAAGCAGAAGAUUGAGGAGAAGAAGGCGGCACCAGACCCUGGCAAAGCAGUGUCCGGUGGGAAGACCUGUGAAAACAAAGUGGUAAAACCUUUCAUCUCAGAGAAGGGGGCAGAAGAGACCCAGAGGAAGAGCGCCACCUCCCUUAUUCUCUUCGAGGAGGUUGAUGUGAUAUUUGAUGAUGAUUCCGGAUUCCUAAGUGCAAUAAAGACUUUUAUGAGCACGACGAAGAGACCUGUCAUUCUGACAACCAGCGAUGGGAUGUUCGGUACGAUGUUCGAUGGUUUCUUUGAAGAUAUCACUUUCAAUACACCGUCCGUGGUGAAUGUGUCCAGUUAUCUGCAGGUUCUUUGUCUGGCUGAGAAUCUCAGGAUGGACACAAAAGACCUGAUGACACUUCUAACCGCCAACAAAUGUGACAUCAGACAGAGCGUUCUUCAGCUGCAAUUCUGGGCUCGUAGCGGAGGGGGAGGACUGCGGGACAAGGAGCUGCCUCCUCCAGCUGGUCUACAACAUGGGGGGGUGUCCGCUGCAGAGGAGCAUGCUGGGAAAAGAUGUCCCAAUUCUGUAUCAGAAAUAAAUCCCAAAGAGCUUCCGGGGUGUAACUUCGGCUGUGCAGAAAACCUGAUGGGACUCGGCAAUGUAAUCCCUCCAACAGAAGGCCUGCUCCCAUUUCUGAAGGGUAAAAUCUCCAAACCUGAGGAGUCGGGGAGGAUAAUUCGGCUGUUAUCGGAGUUCCAAUCCAUAAACAAGGACUUCAUUUCCACCAACCUGGAGUACCUCCUGCCACUACCGCUGCGUGUCAGAGAACCACAAGUCCCUGCCCCCUGUGAGGUCAUAGAACCGGCCCCACCCACCGAGGAUGACAACAUAAAGAUGUCGGCACAGAUGAAGCGGAGGAGGAAGUUGGCGUUGCUCGAUGACAGCGACUUGUUUGAUAAUGAAUCCAAUUCUCUGGAUGAGAAGCCUCCUGAUAAGAAGAAUAUUGAUGAAGCGGAGGAGGACAGCCGAUCCAAUAUGGAUGGAGAGUCGGGGAGAGCGGCCCCCCAUAAUGCCCCUCUACGUAGGACACUGACCGGGGCAGAACUGAAAUCCUCCAGCCUGGUCUUCACCUGCCUGGACUCUCUGGCCGCCUUUGCUGACAAUCUCUCCUAUCUGGACUGCUGUACAUGUCCGGCUGCUGGCCAGGAGGAAGCCUGCAAUCUCAACUGGACAGAGAGUAGGCUAAGGCAUGGCCUUUGUGAUAGCCUGAGGAUAGAGACGGGGGAUGGUAUGAUCGCACAGAGUGCGGGGGAGAUCAGAGCGCACAUAGAAGGCCUUGCUUUUCACAAGUGCUCCUCUCAUCUCACUAAAGCCUUGGACACCUCCCUGGAGAAGUGCAGACAGGCUGGACGGGACCCAACGGAGGAGCUCACCCUUCAUGUGUCCAAAUCUCGGGAGGAGGUGUACUUCGGUCAUCCCUUCACCACUACAAACACGGCAGAGAGCCGGCUCUCCAUAGUGAGGACCGUUCUAUCCAACAAAGCGUUCGCCGCGCUCGGCAACAGACAAGUCAAUGUGACGGAAUAUCUUCCCGCCCUGCGCAGCAUUUGUCGCAUCCAGAAGGCGAAGGAGGAGGGGAAGACAAAGCGCAGGUUUCUUCAUUAUUUGGAGGGAAUCCACCUCGAGUUCCCGAAGACGACGCUCAACAGUCUGGCGGCAGAUUUCCCAUAAUCCUCAGCUGCACUGUGUGCAGGAAUAGCGUGAUUUAGCGUAGGGAUUGGGAGGAGCCUGUGUCCGCCGGUGUACAGAUCCCCUGUGUGUGUGUGCGAUUAAUUUAUUCACUCUUAGAUAUUUUAUUAUUCAAUCCUACACUUCAGAAUUACAUUGUAUAUAUUACCCCCCCCCCUUUGCGUGUGUGGGGAGGGGACUGAACCAAAAUAUUACACCCCCCAUAGACUAAAGGGGCCCCCCCCCCUGCACUGCUGACCUACAAUUCUAUGUACUGAACCCCCCCCACCCCAGAGCUCUGCUGCCAGUAUAUACUGCCCCCACCCCAGAGCUCUGCUGCCAGUAUAUACUGCCCCCCCCCACCCCAGAGCUCUGCUGCCAGUAUAUACUGGAAGGACUGGUCGGACUGGUCUCGCCACGUGAAUCUGGAAAUAAACCGCAAUCUGUUGUCAAAACAACCUCCAGCCCUCAUCAUGAAGAAUGGAGGUUCUUGUUCCCCUCCCCCAGUACUCUGUAUAUAGCGCUGCAUUGUAUAUAAUGUGUACAGCCCGGUAUGUCUCCCCCCCCCCCCCCC